GACGCCGCAGUGGCGGGCUGCAAGUCAGCCGGCGGUUCUGUGUUGGAUGUCAAAGACGCCCGGGAGGCUGCGGUGAAAGACGCCAAGGAGCGCUUGAAGCUGGCAUCUAUGGCGAAGAAGAAGAGCAACGCGACUGCCAAACCCAGCAAGAACGCCACUACCACGGCAGCGCCUAAAGCGAACACCACGACCAAGGCAUCCGAGGAGGAUGAAGACGAAGAUGAGGAAGCAACGACAACAGGAAAGGCCAAGGUUUGA